GUUUACGUCAUACACAGGAUGUGGAAAUUGAAAGUGUAUCAUAGAAUGAAGUAUUGAAACGAUCUGCACAUCGUUCUUUGCCUGCAAAAGUUGCACGAGCGCAUUAUUGUGUCCGCCGAUUUGGUCUUGCGCAUAUCUACACUGCGAUCCUGCAUCAAUUUGUUGUGAAUCUAAAUCCGCUGCCUAUAUACUUAUAAGGACUAGGACAGAGUGUUGAGUAGGUGUAUGUUGUAGCGACCCGUUCCAGAUGUCUCUUGAUGUUGUUUUUACAGCGCAUCCUCUUACCAUCCUUCGGGAUCUUUUCAGGAACGGUUUCGUCUUGCCGAUGGUAGAGAUUACAGCUGUUCUUGCGCUGUACUAGAGUAAUCUUCUCCCUAAACAUACUUUUACAGCGUAUCCGUUUUUAGAAGUAGUUCUCUGGAGAACUACACGAGAUUUUGUUGAUUUCCGUUUUUAGAAGUAGUAUUCUGGAGGAGAAGAGAUUUUGUUGAUUUCGUUUUCGGGUACUGCUGGAGAUGCUGUUGGAGCUGGUAGGCUGAUGUGCCUCCAUAUGAAUUGACAACAACUGCUUUGACUCAAGAAGAAAGGCAAAAAAAAGAUGACUUCUCCCUUCGAAGAGAAUUCGUUAGAGGAUGAGAUGGCUGCCAUUCGCGCACGCCGCGAGAAGGCUCAACAAGCACAAAGGGAUGCUUUGCUGGGUAUCUUGCACCAAAAGCGAACGUUAGAAGGAGGCGAUGCAGGAGGUCCGCCGCCUAAGUUGGUUAAGACAGCUGACGGAUCAUCAGCAGUGAUCGCUGGCAAUGGCGCGACGGAGGGCGGGGCAUCGUCAUCAACCCCAGUGGCCUUGUUAGAGACGCUUGACGAAACAACAGGCGCGAUUGAGCUCGCGUCGAAAAAAGCGGAUGAGUUGGACGCAUGGCUGAAGACCUUCACGACGCAAUUACAGAAGAUGGAGGCAGCGACAAAUUUCAAACAUGGGCUCAAAAUAUUUGAGAAGAUUUGGCUUUAUCGCAAACGGCAGCUUCCAUACGCAGAAUUGUGCGAGCUGUAUGCUGUGCUGUUCACGAAGCCACUGACGCUAGACCUGAUUCAGCAUAUCGAUAAGGGCAAGCACCGCGAAGGUGAGAAACCGACAAGUAAGAUGCAGAUUCGGAAUCGCGAAGCCGCUGUGGCCAGUGGCAUGGUAAACGACAUCGCCGCAGACCCUGGACCGGAGUUUGUCGAGCUCAAAUUUUUAGUGAGGCCAGUUGAGAUUGGCCUCACGCAGAACAUCAGGUCGAAGACCCCAAGCCAACUCGUCAAGGCGCUCUACACAGUUGUGAAGGUUCUGCUUACUUAACAUAGAUGGCUUUUCAACAAGUUCAAGUAGAAAGCGUAUUCGCAUUCUUACUACGAAUGAUCAUGCGCAUUGGUUUCCCUCUCUUGACACUUCUUUAAUCUCGUGAUGAACUACUUUCUUAUUGUCUCUCAUUUUCAGGUACAUCUAAUGGACGUGCCUUACCAGAAUCGCGCGAUGUUCGAGCCAUCUAGUGCGGAAAAAAACUGUAUAUUGAAGUUGAAGGACAUGGUGAUGCGAAACGACGGGGAGGAAAUCAAGAGCAUGAAUACCCGAACGAUAGUGAUGCUCCUAUACUGUUUCGCCCUCACGUGCAACCAGCACUUUGUAGCCCAGAGCGCCGCGCUUUCCAAGCUGGCACUACCCAGGACCGUCCUCAGGUAGACUUUGCCUUAUAGGAAACUUCUAGUUUUUUAGCUACAUCGUACUAUUUUCGUUCGCCACUUGAAUGUCGUUUUUGAUUAAAAAUGAACUAAAAUACACUUCUGGUUAAGCAAACGACAGCGUGCUGGAUGAUGAUGAUUUAUGGAGUCUCUAGUAUCUUCUAACUCAAACUCACAAACUUCAGGAUACUUUAUGGUGACACGCUUCGUGGCGUCCACCUGUUAGACUCGGCGCAGAUGUGCGAGCUUGCGUUUGCGGUUUACAAGUUUAACGAGCUUUACACGCAGGUGCUGGACACGAGCAGUAAUCAGAACAAACUGUCGGCCGCGGCGGGCUUAGGUAUCGCACAUCGCGAGCCACAGGAGGAGUCGGUCUUCCAUGCAAUCAGUAAGCGCGUGCUGCUGAUUUACGGAAGUAUGAACUUGAAGCAUAUCGCAGAUUUGGUUUCGAUUUUCGCGAGCUUCGGGCUUAAGGACGAGGAGCUCUUCGAUGCACUCGCGGGCACAAUUCUGAAAAACAAGGGCAAGAUGAGUGAGCACGACUUCCAGCAAGUACUUAGAGCAUACAUCAAGUUCAACCUACCACUGCGCGAAGAGACGGCUGGCUUCCGCAAUGUUGCCGUGCUCGGCAAGGGCGACUUCACGCGACCGUCAGACAAGCCGAAGCGCGAACGUUUCACAUAUCAGCGACCAGAAGCACUUGAGGACCGAUGACAUUGCCAUUUUGCAGAAAUGUACACCUUCGACGGUUUCUGUUUUUGUUUCCAUGGUUCUCAUGUCCCUCAGUCACACGCGCAGGCCCGCUCCCUUUUUUCCCUCUCUUUGUCCUCUCCCUAAAUUACUGACUUCAAAUCAAAAGAAAAUGUUUUAUCGAUGUGUGUGAUCCGCAAGUGGAGUUUUGGCUUCGCAAGCCGACUAACACAAAGUGGUUGUUAUGGGUCU